CCCGGUGAUGGAGCCUCGCCCGGAUGGCCAAGGCUAGCAACAGCGGCGGCAGCGUCGUGGGGAUUGCGGGGGGAUGCGGGGAGCUGUCCCUGGAGGAGGUGCUGAAAUCCUACGAGCAGCCCAUCAAUGAGGAGCAGGCGUGGGCCGUGUGCUACCAGUGUGCCCGGGGACUGGCACAGAGCUCCCCGGGACCCAGGGCCAGGAUACGGGACCCGUCAUCUCUGCUACUCCACCGGGAUGGCAUGGUCACAGUGGUGUCGGAUCCGCAGGGCGCACCGGGGACCACGGAGAGCGCCCCCAUUUCAUCACUCACAGAGACUCAGAUGGUGCAGUGCUUGGGCUUUGCCAUAUACCGGGCGCUGGACUGGGGGCUGGAUGAGAGCGAAGAACGAGAGCUUAGCCCGCAGCUAGAACUGCUCAUUGACCUCAUGGCUGCCAGCGAUUCAGAAAGCACCAUGGCAGAUGAGGGCUAUGAAGGCACAGAGGAUGAGGAUGAAGAAGGUCCUCCUCGAGUGGUGCGCAGCUAUACGGCAGCCCUUCGCUUCUGCGCUUCCCACCUUCCAGAACCUAAGGAGGCCCCUGUCCACUACCAGGCGGUUUGCAGGGCUCUGUUUGCAGAGACGUUGGAGCUUCAAGCGUUCCUUCAUAAAAUCCGGGAGGCCAAAGAGGUGCUGGUGAAGAUGCAGGUGGAGGAAAUUGAGCCAGAUGGACUUGUGAACUUGCAGAAUACGGACUGGGCUCGUUUGUGGGUGCAGCUGAUGAGAGAUCUGCGACAUGGGGUGCAGCUGAAGAAGGUGCGGGACAAGACGUUUAAUUCUUUGCCCACCGAAUACCAACUUACUCCAUUCGAGAUGCUAAUGCAAGACAUCAGGGCACGAAACUACAAGCUGCGCAAGGUUAUGGUUGGGGGAGACAUGCCUCCAAAGGUCAAGAAAGAUGCACACGAGGUGAUCCUGGACUUCAUAAGGUCUCGUCCUCCUCUGAAGCCAGUAUCCAGUAGGAAACUGCCACCAUUGCCCAUCAAACAGAGGAGUCUCCAUGAAAAGAUUUUGGAAGAGAUUAAACAGGAGCCGAAACUGCGCCCAGUGGAGACUCAGCGAAGAGGACAAAAAGGCUUUGGGUCUCUCCCAUGUAUCAUGGAUGCUUGUUCCAGCGACAAGAAGUCAACAUCCUGCAUCAACCUCUCCAAUCCAGAUCCGUUAGCCCCCCGACCACGUCCUCGUAUCCUGCUAAAAGCCCCAACGCUGGCUGAGAUGGAAGAGAUGAAUCUGUCUGAGGAAGAUGAUUCCCCCAACUCUGAGCUGCGGAGGGUAAUAAGUGCCCCGUUGCCUCUGGCACGUGACCGCUCGUUCUCAGAGCAGGACCUGGCACAACUGCAGUGUGAGAUGGGACACAAGCCUCCUCGAGGAGCACAUCAGGGAGUGCUGGAAUCGGAGACACGAGCUCGAUCAGGCAGCAUGAACAUGCCACAUGGAGUAAAUCGAGGUUUCUUGAGUUACUCAACAUGCGGCAGUUGUGGUACUCCAUCACCCAGCCGUAGCACGCUCAGCUCUGUGCAAGAGAAGACCGAACCCGACUCAAGUGGGGACAACAGCUCCAAACACCGCUGGCUGGAAUUCAGCCACCCGGUGGACACCCUGGCUCUAACCGUGGAGGAGGUCAUAAAUGUGCGAAGGGUGCUGGUUAAGGCCGAGAUGGAAAAGUUUCUGCAGAGCAAAGAGCUGUACAACAACAUGAAGAAGGGAAAGGUUUGCUGCUGCUGCAGAUCAAAGUUCCCUCUCUUCUCUUGGCCUGCCAGCUGUAUGUUCUGUAAAAGGUCUGUUUGUGGCUCCUGCGGCAUGAAGAUGAAGCUUCCUGCCAAAAAGUUGGGGCACAUCCCAGUCUACAGUGUGGGGUUUGAAAGCCAACCAGGCAUAAUGGGCACAAGUGGACACUCACACAAAAAGAGGGACGCCUUUCAGUCCUGCGGUGGCCUGUCCUGGAAGAAUGUAGAGGGUCAGUUCCCCCAUAUCUAUGCUCAGGGUUCCACUCUGAAGGACGUGUGCUUGGACUGCUCCAGUUUCAUCCGUGACGUAGUGUGCUCCAGCCGUAAGAGCGUGGACAUUCUGAACAUGGGGAGCUCUCAUCCUCCAUAUCGGACAGUUAAGAAGCUGUGAUCUAUGCUGCAUUUUCCCUGCCAAAAA